GAAUUGAUCAAGUAAAUUUGUCAAUUGGUGAUCUUGAUGAAGAGAAUACACGGAAUGAACUGCCAAAUAAUACUAUAACUGCCGAAGAUGAACCACAAAAUGUCAACGUGGAUAAAAGUAUUGGUCAAUGUAAUUCAUUGACUAUCAAAGAUGUAAAUAUUGCUGAUUGUGGUUCGCCAAACGCUGAUGAAGAUCACCGACAUAAACAAAACCUUGCGUAUCCGAAUAGGCCGUUAAUCAAUUCUAUUCGUAAUCACAAUCGUCGACUUCGUAAAAAGUGGACCAAUGAAGAAUUACAGGCGUUGGAAGAUGGUAUGAGAGAAUAUGGGACGCAUUGGGUUCAAAUAUUAGAAAAACAUGGGUCGUCUAGUGGUCCUUUGAGAAAUCGCACUCAAAUUCAACUCAAGGACAAAGCGCGCAAUGAAAAGCAACGACGAAUGAAGGCAGGAAUGGAUGUAGGUGUUUUUGCUCAAGCGUCUGGUUAA